AUGUCUCCGGUGACCGACUGCCACCUAGGCGCCUACCUCCGCAGCGAUUGCGGCACCAGGAUCCAUGGCGACAACGUGCUCUGGACAGAUUUUGGCAUCGCCCACGAGAUAGCCGGCGCCGACCCCACCUGCAGCCCAACCGCUCACGCCGACACGUACAGCGCACCCGAGGUCGCCGCCGCCAAACAGUCGUGGCAGGCGGUGGCGCGGACACUGCGAACCCUAGCCACCGACAUCUUCUCGCUAGGCUGCAUCUUUGCCGAGCUACUGACUGUUAUCUGCGGCAAGACACUAGCCGAUUUUGAGAAUCGCCGCCGCCAGGGCACCGGUAACAAGUGCUACCGCGACACCAACGGCAAAGCUGCCUCGGGCUAG